CCACUUUGCCUUUUUCUCAUGACGUGUCGGCGAGCCUAGUUGUUAUAAUACAAAUAAUCGAAGUUCGAGUGGAAUUUCUUCAAAAACAUGCGCAACCAAUUUAUUUGCCUGGCCCUGGUGCUAUGCACGCUACACAGCGCCUGCGGAUUAUACUUUCACAUAUCGGAAACAGAGCGCAAAUGCUUCAUUGAAGAGGUGCCCGAUGAGACAACUGUGAUUGUUAAUUACAAGGUGGAGCUGUAUGAUCCGCGUUCAAAUGGCUUUAUGCCAUCAUCGCCCGGCAUUGGCAUGCAUGUAGAGGUGCGCGACAGUGAUGAUAAGGUGAUUCUGUCGCGCGUUUACAGUUCGCAGGGCCGCAUGUCGUUUACAUCUCACACACCCGGCGAGCAUGUCAUCUGCAUGUAUUCCAACAGCACCGCCUGGUUCAAUGGCGCCCAGCUUCGCGUGCAUCUAGAUAUUCAGGUGGGCGAGCAUGCCAUCGACUAUGCUAAUGUGGCGCAGAAGGAGAAACUCACCGAGCUGCAGUUGCGCAUACGUCAGCUGCUCGACCAGGUCGAACAGAUUACAAAGGAGCAGAAUUAUCAGCGCUAUCGGGAGGAGCGUUUCCGUCACACAAGCGAAAGCACCAAUUCGCGUGUGCUGUGGUGGUCGCUGGCACAGACUGUGGUCCUGGUCUGCAUGGGCUUCUGGCAGAUGCGUCAUCUUAAGAGUUUCUUCGAGGCUAAAAAGCUGGUGUGAGUUGAAGUGCACACCACAAGAUGUCAAUGGUUGUUGGUUGUUGGCCUUCAUCUCGAUCUGUAUGCAACCAAAUUGCAAAUGCGAAUUUCAUCGAUGUAU